AUGUAUAGCAAUUUCAAGGAGCAGUCUACAGAAUUCGUGAAGCAGGCGGUUAAUGAAGAAAAUACGAAGGUGAUUCGUGAUGUUCUUGAUGAUGGAGGGACAGGGCUAGCGGAUUGGCUCAUGGUGAGCACGAAUGAUAUUCGCAACACCAGCAACGAAAAAAAUGGUAAACAUAUAUCAUCUGAAAGUGACGAUCAAGAAAGUAAUGAGCUUCCACACAUUGAGAAAAUUGAUAACAACCCACUGAGGGAUUUUAAAAAAUUGUUUCUAUGGCGUAUUCCAAAAUUGUUUGAUCAUGGUGAUGUGGAUGGAUGUGGUGUCGUUGAUGGAGGACGUAAGAUUGGGCAGCUAUUCAUAUCCAGUAAAGAAAUUGGCAUUGGAAGAAAUGGUACUGUUGUUCUUGAGGGAAUUUAUCAUGGCCGUCCUGUUGCUGUCAAACGUCUUGUGAAAACCCAUCAUGAAUUGGUUAGUAAAGAGAUUCAACAUCUUAUUUCAUCUGAUCAGCAUCCAAAUAUUAUUCGAUGGUAUGGAGUGAAGUAUGACCAAGAUUUCAUCUAUCUUAUUCUGGAGCGUUGUACUUGUAGUUUAAGGAAUUUGAUACAAACAUACUCAGAUUCUUCUCCAAAUCUUACAUUUAAUAAGCAUCAGGCAACAAACUCAGUGAAUGAGUACAAUGUUGGGUUGGAUUCAGCAGUAGGACAUAGUAACGAUAUUGAAUUGUGGAAGAAGAAUGGGUAUCCUUCACCCCAUUUGCAAAACCUUAUGAGGGAUGUGGUUUGUGGCCUAGCACAUUUGCAUGACCUAGGAAUCAUUCAUAGAGACUUGAAACCUCAAAAUGUGUUGAUCGUUAAGGAUCGAUCAUUAUGUGCAAAACUCUCUGACAUGGGUAUUAGCAAGCGCCUUGCUAAGGAUAAGUCUUCCUUGGGUCACAAUCCUACUGGUUCUGGUACUUCAGGUUGGCAAGCACCUGAACAGCUCCUUCGUGGACGUCAAACACAUGCAGUAGAUUUAUUUACUUUAGGCUGUAUCCUCUUCUUUUGCAUCACUGGAGGUAGACAUCCUUUUGGUGACCAUAUUGAACGUAAUGUAAAUAUUAAGAACAACAAGAUGGAUCUUUUCCUGGUAGAGCAUAUUCCUGAAGCUACGGAUCUUCUCUUUCGGCUGUUAGACCCCGAUCCAUCAUUGAGGCUUAAGGCGAUGGAGGUAUUGCACCAUCCUUUGUUUUGGAGUUCUGAGAAGCGGCUCUCAUUUCUUCGAGACACCAGUGAUAGGGUACAAAUAGAAAGAGGAAUUGAAUCUGAACUCCUAAAUGCAUUAGAAAAUGUUGCACCUGUUGCUUUUGAUGGGAAAUGGAAUAAAAAGUUGGAAGCUGUAUUUAUCAAUAAUAUUGGUCAUUACAAGCUAUAUAAGUUUGGUAGUACUUGUGAUCUAUUACGGCUCAUGCGAAACAAGUUGAAUCAUUAUCAAGAACUUCCAAAAGAAACCCAGGAAAUUCUUGGACCAGUUCCUGAAGGGUUUGAUGAUUAUUUUUCACUUCGAUUCCCCAGACUCUUAAUUGAAGUGUAUAAAGUUGUAUGCACAUACUGCAAGGAAGAGGAGUGCUUUUCAAAGUAUUUUAAGGAUAGUCUGUUGUAAUUUUAA